UUACGACCCAAGCAACCUCACUACUCUAUACCAAAAUAUUCCUCAAAUUUGGACCUUGAGAAUCGGCAUCACUUGACGCACAUCUUGAUUGAUAUAAAGUCAUGUCGGGUAGCAAUGGCGAUUCGACGAUACCUCCUCCUCCUUUGGAUAUAGACGGAAGGCUACCAUCUCCUCCACCACCCCCUCCAGAUAGUUUUGCGCCUCCCCCACCACCUAGCACAUCUGCUCCUCCUCCACCAAGUGAUUUACCUCCCCCUCCGCCGACUGAAUCAUUACCACCACCGCCCGAGGAGCCCAUAAAGAAGAAAAAGGCAGGAUGGGGUGCGCCGCGAGACCGGGGUCCUCUAAGCAUCGAGGAUAUCUUAAAAAAGAAAAAAGAAGCAGAUGAUGCAGCAGCAAAGGUAUGUUCAACUUCAUCCCCCGCUUUAUAUCUGUAAUGGAUGUUUACAAAGUGUUAUCUAGUAUCUUAUGGACUUCUACUGACUACAUAACCUACUUAUAGCCAAAGUUCUUGUCGAAAGCUGCGAGAGAAAAGAUAGCAUUAGAGAAACGAGCAAAAGAAGUUGAAGAACAGAAGCGCAAACUUGAGGCUGAAAGAGCGGCCAUAUUCCCGCUCUCGAAUGGAUUCCAGGAUUCCUAUCAGAAUGGACAUCAAAAUGAUCGAUCGAGACAGCAGAGACCGAAUGAUCGAAGCGCGGUUCCUACUGGGCCUCGAGCUAUGCGCAUUGGUGAUGCGCCUACAGGGCCGGGAGACCGACGAAAUGGCAACCAGAAUCGACAUGGGGACAUGGCACCCCCAACGAAACCUGCGAAUACGAGUGGGAAGGCCUCUUUGGCCGGGGAAAAGCGACCAGCGAAUAGCGAGGAUGCACAAGCUGCUUUGAUUAGAACGCGAUAUAUGGGCGCGGAAACGAACCAGUCGACAUUUUCGGCAAAGAAGAAGCGAAGAAGGACCACGGAAAAGAAAUUCAAUUUUGAGUGGAAUGUUGAAGAGGAUACAAGUCCUGAUUACAAUCCCAUUUACUCCACUCGUGCUGAAGCAAAUUUCUAUGGGAGAGGUCGAUUAGGUGGAUUUGCGGAAGACGCGAGUGAGAAUGGCGUGCUUAAAUAUGCAAAGGCCCUUGAGGAACGAGAUUCGGAGGCUGGAAGUGCUCGAGCCAAGGAGAUUUUAGAAAUGGAGAGACGAAGAAAAGAAGACCAAACUGGGAGAAACUCACUCGACAAACAUUGGAGUGAGAAGAAACUGGAGCAUAUGCGAGAGAGAGAUUGGCGUAUCUUCAAGGAAGAUUUCAACAUCAGCACCAAAGGAGGAGGAAUACCAAAUCCGAUGCGAAGCUGGCAAGAAUCUGGACUUCCGAAACGAUUAUUGGAUGUUGUGGCUCAGGUUGGAUAUGAUGAACCUUCAGCUGUGCAAAGAGCUGCGAUACCUAUUGCUUUACAGGCUAGAGAUUUGAUCGGUGUAGCUGUUACUGGAUCUGGUAAAACUGCGGCUUUCUUACUUCCUUUACUGGUCUACAUUUCAGAGUUACCUCCUCUUAACGAGUUUACCAAAAACGAUGGACCGUAUGCAAUUAUUCUUGCACCAACUCGUGAAUUGGCACAGCAAAUUGAGGUUGAAGCAAGGAAAUUUGCUACACCACUUGGAUUUACUUGUGUUAGUAUUGUUGGUGGUCAUUCUCUGGAGGAACAAUCCUACAAUUUACGGAAUGGUGCGGAAAUCAUUAUUGCGACUCCUGGUCGUUUGGUUGAUUGUAUCGAGAGGCGAGUAUUGGUUCUCGGCCAGUGUUGCUACAUUAUCAUGGAUGAAGCCGAUCGAAUGAUUGAUCUUGGUUUUGAAGAGUCUGUAAACAAGAUUCUCGAUGCUCUUCCGGUCGGCAAUGAGAAACCCGAUACAGACGACGCAGAAGAUGCCCAAGCCAUGAGCAGACAUCUAGGAGGCAAAGACAGAUACAGACAGACAAUGAUGUACACAGCCACCAUGCCUAGUGCCGUCGAAAAAAUAGCCAAGAAAUACCUUCGAAGACCAGCAAUCGUCACAAUUGGUAACAUCGGCGAGGCAGUAGAGACCGUCGAACAACGCGCUGAGUUCGUCUCAGGCGAAGACAAGCGAAAGAAGCGUCUCAACGAGAUCCUCGCUUCGGGCGAAUUCGCACCUCCCAUCAUCGUCUUCGUCAACAUCAAGCGCAACUGCGACGCCGUCGCCCGAGACAUCAAACACAUGGGCUUCUCCUCAGUCACACUACACGGAAGCAAAACGCAAGAACAGCGAGAAGCAGCCCUGGCAUCCGUCCGCAGCGGCGCGACCAACGUCCUCGUGGCGACGGAUCUCGCGGGUCGUGGUAUCGAUGUUCCGGGCGUCAGUCUGGUGGUCAACUUCAACAUGGCGACUAACAUUGAGAGUUACACGCAUCGUAUUGGACGUACUGGACGUGCGGGCAAGAGCGGUGUCGCCAUCACGUUCCUCGGUAAUGAGGAUGCGGAUGUGAUGUAUGAUCUUAAGCAGAUGUUUGUUAAGAGUGAGAUCUCCAGGGUCCCCGAGGAGUUGCGGAAGCAUGAGGCGGCGCAGCAGAAGCCGACGAGGGGUGGGGGUCAGAAGAAGAUUGAGGAUAGUUCUGGGUUUGGGGGGAAGGGUGGGGGGUGGUAG